AUGGGUGUCCAUGGAUUAUGGGAAAUCGUUGAACCAACAUCUAAACCCGUUCGUUUAGAAUCGCUUGAAGAUAAAAGAUUAGCUGUUGACGCAUCUAUAUGGAUAUAUCAAUUUCUAAAGGCAGUUCGAGAUACCAAAGGGGAUGCCUUGCAAUAUUCUCAUGUGAUCGGCUUUUUUAGACGUAUAUGUAAAUUAUUGUAUUUUGGUAUCAAACCAGUCUUUGUAUUUGAUGGUGCAGUGUCCCCCUUGAAAAGGGAAACCAUUAAUAAAAGAAAGGAAAUUAGACAAGGAAAGAGAGAUAGUGCAGCUAAAACGGCUAAAAAAAUAUUGGCUUUGCAAUUACAGCAAUCUGUUGAAAAGAAAGAACCCGUGUCCAUAGACACUUCCUCUCCACUGGGAAAAAAUUAUAGAGGAAACGAUGAAUGGGAAUUGCCAAAAAUUGAAGGAUUUAAAUAUAAUAAAAGUGAUGGGAGAAUAGCUAGUGUCAAAGAAUUUCAAGCUGUUAUUGACAAUGUUGAUGAUGAAUUGGAUGGUAUAGAUUUGGAUUCUAUAAAUCCGGCCUCCAAAGAGUUUGACAAUUUACCAAAAUCCACACAGUAUAUUAUUUUAAAUGCACUUCGUUUAAAAUCAAGAUUAAGAAUGGGCUAUUCCAAAGAACAAUUAGAACACAUUUUCCCAAAUAGUAUGGAAUUUUCUAAAUUCCAAAUAGAUAUGGUUAAAAGAAGGAAUUUUUUUACUCAAAAACUAAUAGAUUCAACUGGUCUACAUGGGGAAAGCACGUUGUUAAAUGGAAAAAUUGCAAGCGAAAAGAAUAAAGAGUACAAAUUAAUUCGUUCGGAUAAUGGAUGGGCAUUAUCCUUACAAAAUGACGAUGGUUCUAGCGUUAAAAAGGCUAUUAACCUUGAGGACGAAGAUGAGAGUGAUGAGGAUGAUGAAGAUGACAUAAAAUGGGAAGAGGUAGACACUAAAACUCGAGAAAGGGAAGAUACUGCUCCUGAUUAUUCUAUUAGGGCAUCAUUAUUAACAACCACUUCAAAACUGAAAGAAUUGAAUAGCUUUGGAGGUAAGGCAUUUUUAGACACCAAAAACCACACUUUGACAUCACGCUUCUAUCAAUCUCCCUAUAAAAACAUUGUUGAAAACAUUAGCGAUUUUUCUUCUUCUGAUGAUGAUGAUGAUGGUGAAGAAACUAGCAGCAAUAUGGUUGCAACCAGUAAGAAUAUAAAUACUAAUGGCGGAUUAAAAGUAUCCUUAGAAGCUAAAUUACAGGAUAUAGAAGAUGCCAGUUCUGAUAGUGACUAUACAACUUUUGUAAAAGAGACAAAGCAAAUGGAGAAGAUGCAAAAAUCCAAUAUUGAGAGCACUGAAUUACCAAAAACAAUUACUACUGUUCAUGAAGAUGCUUCUAUUAUGGCGUUAAAUAAUUCUGCUGCAACUAUUGAAAACACCAAGGAAACUGUUAAUAACCAAAAUUGCAACUUAUUGCACAAAAUAAGCGCAUUAUCUAAGGGGAAUAUUAGCCCAGAUAAUUGUCAGGAGCCCAUGAACGGAGUAUCCACAAAAACUUCACUUUCCCCCACUUUCAUUCCGUCAAACAAAGAAACACUUAUUUUGCCAAAAGAUAAAGAUUCCACGCUACGCCAGAAUUUUAAUACUGUUUCAACCUAUGACGAAAAUAAAAACUGUGACAACAGCACUGAUAAUACCGAUUCCCAUAAUAGCGACAUUAAUGAUGUGACUACCUCAAAAAAUGAGUAUAAACCAGUACCGUCAUGGUUUGGUGAAAAUCCAAUAUCCAAUAUUAAAAAUAUCCACGAUACUGUAGGUGGUGAAGAACCAAGCUUUUUAUUUGGCUCCCAUAGUAUUUCUGCACAAUCUAAGGAACAAAAAAAAAACCUACUUCCCAGUGUAGUUGAAUUAUCCAUGGUUAAUGAAGAUCCUGAUAACCAUGAAGAUGAAAUCAAUCACUCGUUUGAUGAAAAUAAAGAAAAGAUGCAUAAUAUUGGACAAGGGACAAAGAAUAAAGUCGAAGUGACUCCUAAGUGUAUUAAAAACAACAAAGAAUCUACACCUCACUCCAAUAGUGGCACCCCCAAUCUACCCUUGGUAGAGGUACAAAAACAUGAUGAUAAAGUUUUUGAUUAUGAUUUUUUUGAAGAUGAUGAAGAAGCUUUGGUUCAACAAUUAGAGGAAGAGGAAAAUGAGUAUAACAAUUUUUUUAAGCCUGCGCUAACUAAUGCUUCUGCUGAGACAGGAACAUUUUUAUCUAAAGAAGAUUUAUACGAUCAGGCAAAGAGGGAUAAGAGGGAUGCAGACGAGGUGACAACAACAAUGAUUUACGAGGUUCAACAGCUUUUAUCCUGUUUUGGCAUACCAUAUAUUACAGCUCCCAUGGAAGCGGAAGCACAAUGUGCAGAGCUUUUGAAUUUAAAAUUAGUAGAUGCAAUUGCAACAGAUGAUAGUGAUAUUUUCUUAUUUGGGGGAGAUAAAGUUUUUAGAAAAAUGUUUAAUGAGAAGCACUAUGUUGAGUAUUAUUCUUUGGACACAAUUGCUGCGAAAUUGGGAUUAGAUAGACAUAAAAUGAUUGAAUUGGCGCAGUUGUUAGGUAGUGAUUAUACUACGGGUAUCAAGGGUAUUGGACCAGUUUCAGGGGUGGAAAUUUUAGCUACGUUUGGGUCUUUGGAACAAUUUUACAAAUGGUAUACCGAGGGUCAACUAAAUCCAGAUGUAAUAAAGAAAGAAACUGGGUUGGAAAGGAAAUUAAGAAAGGCAUUGACAAGGAAUCAAAUUGAUUUAGACUCUAAAAUGUCGCCAAAGGCUAUGGUUGAGGAUGCUUAUUUAAAUCCGGUUGUUGAUAAAGAUGAAACCAGCUUUGUAUGGGGCAACCCUGAUUUGGAUCAGUUAAGAACAUUAUUGAACCAAACUGCUAACUGGUCAAAGAAAAAAGCAGAUGAAGUAUUAAUUCCUUUAAUUCAAAGUAUAAAUAAGAGGAAGAAGGAAAAUCAUAAUAAACAAAGACGAUUAACAGAAUUUUUUCCGACUAAAGUAGAUUCUUCUAUAAAUAAUCUUGGGCGUAGGUUAAAGGAAGCGACAGCGCAAUUGAAAAAAAAACAACGCACAAAAUGA